AUGGCCACAAUAAUUAGGGAAAAAAAUUCUCCCCCGGUCAACGAUAAAGAGUCGACGGCAACCAUUGAAUCCGAACUCGACAAAGACAAUUCCGCUCCCAGCUCACCCGAUCUACUUGACCAAGUGAAUUCCUCCGCCUCCCCACCCGACUCCGACAAACCAGCGCCGGAUGGCGGUGCCAGGGCCUGGAUUGUCGCCGCCGGCGGUGCUGCAAUAUUAUUUUGCUGCCUUGGUUUUUCGAACUCAUUUGGUGCUUUCGAACAAUACUACCUAACGCACCAGCUCCAGGGCCACUCUCCUGAUAAAAUUGCCUGGAUUGGGUCUAUAUCAGCGUACCUCCAAUUCGGUGCUGGUAUGGUCGGGGGACCGAUGUUCGAUCGGUAUGGCUCGCGGAUUAUGCAGCCGGCGGCAGUGGUGUACGUGUUUUCGGUGAUGAUGCUGAGUCUGUGCAAAGCGUACUGGCAGAUUAUGUUGGUGCAAGGCGUCCUAAUGGGCGUCGCUAUGGGUUUCCUUCAGUUCCCUGCCUUUGCAGCGGUGUCGCAGUACUUCGACAAGAACCGAGCCGCAGCUCUGGGAGUGGUAGUCUCUGGGUCUUCUAUUGGUGGAGUAGUGAUCCCUAUCGCGCUAUCGAAGAUGCUGAACAACUCGUCGCUCGGCUUCGGGUGGUCAGUAAGGGUUAUUGGGUUCCUACUCAUACCGCUCUUAGCGUUCGCAUGCGUAGCUGUCAGGCCGCGUCUAACGCCGCGGACGACGGCAUUCUGGCUCUCGAGGGCGUAUACGGAGGUGAUUUUUGUCCUGCUGAUGGUGUCCAUGUUUUUCAUAUUUAUGGGCAUGCUCACCCCGCUUUUCUACCUUCCAACCUACGCUGUCGCUCGAGGCAUGGAUCCGGCACUUGCUGGAUAUCUUCUUGCAAUCGUCAAUGCAUCAUCAACGUUUGGCCGUAUUAUCCCCGGCGUGCUGGCAGACAAGUACGGGAGACUGAAUGUAUUCGCGAUAGGGGGUGUCUCGACCGGCAUUGCCAUUUUCUGCAUGAACUCAGCAAAGACCAAUAGCUCGUUAAUUGGAUAUGGCGUCGUCUUUGGUUUCACCUCAGGAACUAUUAUCUCUGGGCUCUCCGCUUGCAUCUCGCUCUGCGCCAAAGACCCACGGGAGAUAGGGAUGUAUAUGGGCAUGGGCAUGUCUCUAAGCUCUCUCGGGGGAUUGAUAGGGCCGCCAGUAAAUGGGGUGUUUGUGCAUCAUUAUGGAGGAUUUUUUGAGGCAUGUAUGUUCAGCGGCGCUGUAUGCUUGUUUGGUGGAUUCAUUGCUGUUUUGACAAAGAUUGCCACGCCUCAAGGCAUUUUUGGGAGGGUGUGA